AACCCGCCAGGCCCCGCCCCUGCGCGCUCCGCCUACUGUUCCUUCCGGAGCCUCUCGGGUGGGGAAACCGCGAGAGGAGCCUCUCAAAGGACGACGCAGUCCUCAGCGCUCAAAGCUGCGCAAUGCUUGCCCUCCGAAGCGCCUUAAUCAGGACGCUGGCCCCGCGGGCACGCGCGCCUCAGGUGUACUCAUCUUUUGCUUCAGGCCCCAGGCAAAAUGAUGGAACAUUUUAUGAAUUCCGUACCUAUUAUCUUAAACCCUCAAAAAUGAAUGCGUUCCUGGAAAAUUUUAAGAAAUAUGUUCAUCUUCGGACAGCUCACUCUGAAUUGCUUGGAUGUUGGAAUGUAGAAUUUGGAGGCAGAAUGAACAAAGCAUUUCAUAUUUGGAAGUACGAUAAUUUUGCUCAUCGAACUGCAGUCCGGAAAGCAGUGGCCAAAGAUAAGGAAUGGCAAGAACAGUUCCUCAUUCCUAAUUUGGCUCUCAUUGAUAAACAAGAGAGUGAGAUUACUUAUCUGGUCCCAUGGUGCCAAAUAGAAAGGCCUGCAAAAGAAGGAGUCUAUGAACUGGCUACUUUUCAGAUGAAACCUGGUGGCCCUGCUCUGUGGGGUGAUGCAUUUAAAAGGGCUAUUAAAGCCCAUGUUGAUCUAGGCUACACAAAACUAGUUGGUGUUUUCCACACAGAAUAUGGAGCACUCAACAGAGUUCAUGUUCUUUGGUGGCAUGAGAGUGCUGACAGUCGUGCAGCUGGGAGGCAUCAGUCUCAUGAGGAUCCCAGAGUUGUGGCGGCUGUCCGGGAAAGUGUCAACUACCUCGAGUCUCAGCAGAAUAUGCUUCUGAUUCCUACAUCGUUUUCACCUUUGAAGUAGUUGGUACUGAAAAUAUCAAGCAUUUCAUUCAAUGGUGUAGGAUGUGUCUGCUAAUGAUGCUUAAAUUUUCCCAAGAAAAUUAUUCUCACUCUUAUUUGAAGGAGGUGGUAAGUUAAUUCACUGUGGUCCUCACAAUUUUAAAAUGACCUCUGUAAUUUGUCACUAUCACUUAAGAAAAUAGUUGUGUUCAUUUUCCCUAUGGAUUUUAGUAUCAAUUAUACAUUAGAAAUAGUUGUCACUACUUAAUGAUCUUGAUUUUUCAUUCAUUUCUCAAUGAAUAUCUUCUGUAUUUUGACAGCUCUGUGCUCUAGUAUUUUCUUAUAUUCACAUAAUGAUUUUAUAUUUCCUUGCCUUACAAUAUAUAUUUCUAAAUCAGUUAUAUAUACUAUCUUUUUAUUGUUUGUUUUUCUGAGAUAUUUUUCCUGGUAAAGUUUACUUUGUGACAUCAAAUGGGGUUUGUAAAAAUACAAGUAUAUUUCUUUACUUUUGAAAAGUGCAGUAUUACUUCUGUCAUCUGUAUUAAUCAUGGUUUUCACAUUAGGUCAUUUUGACUUGGAAAAUAAUGUAAUUAUGUCACAGCACUAAAAAUCUAGAGAAGAAUUGUUGGGUUAUAUGCUGAAAUAUGUUCAUUAUAUUAAUCUUAUUAAUGUUGACUUCACCUUGGGUCCCUCACAAAGAUCGUGAGAAAUUUAUUUGUUUUAAAGAGAUCUUUAUGAUUAUGCAAAUGCUUGCCACAAUAAAAGCCUCCUUAUCCAUUUUGAUUUUUAAACGUGUGUUUUAUAUUUAUAUCCUUCACUCUGGAGGCCUUACUGUGUUGCUAUAGGGUAGACACAUAGUAGUAAUCUGUCAUCUUUAUUAUAAAUGUUAAGUAACAUCAUGAAAAUAGCAUUCUGGUAACCCCAGAAAGAGGAUUUCUUUAAGUACUUCCAUAGAUGUCCAAGGGUUUUCCUUGAAACAUCUUUAAUUUCCAUUUUAUCUGAUAC